CCCCGAUUCGUCCCAUUGCUACUGCUGCGUCCGCGAUCUCGCCUUUUUUUUCUUUUCUUCUUCUCCUGCUCUGCAUCAUCUGUGCGGCUUCACCGCGGUGCCCGUCCUUCAUCCGCCGUGCUUCUUAUUCCCAGCAAACACGCACAAACCCAAGUCACUCGCUAUUUUACGCCAUCCAUCCUGCUUGCCCAUUGCCAGCCCAUUGUGGCGGCCCGCCUCGUGCUCCAGCAUCGCUCAUCAUCUGACCUUCGAUCGCAAAAUUUACCAACCAUCCAUUGACCGCUAACUGGUACUUCCAUCUGUUUGAAUUCCAUCUUUAUAGGCCUAGAUUUCGUCCCUUGAUACAUCAGCACAUGAGAGGAAGCACAUAAGCUGCGCGGGGCGGCUUGGAAGAGACUACCAUCAGGGAGCCGACAGGCGUCCUGGACGACGAUCAAUUGCCCCGCGACCGAGACAUCCUGAGGAGGUACAAAGAAUCCUGAGGACACUCUACGAUACACAACACAUUACCUGGGGCCAGCACGCAUCGCAGGUGCGACAUUUGCUGCCCGACUACAUAGCUGCCUCCCGUUGAUUUCCUCCCGUCAUGGCUGCAGAAACUGUCUCGGCAAGCCGCCGCCAUGGGCGGACCGACUCGACGGGCACAACCGUACCCUAUCGACCACAGCCAUCGUCUCCAACGCUGACGAAUCCCGAUAUGAUCCUUCCCGACUACGACGAACCUGACUUGGGUGGCUCGCACACGCUAUCUCCUGUUAUGGCGUGGAACGGGUCUGCCGAAGACUUCCAUAUCAGCGAUGUCUUGCAGUCAGGCGGUAUUGAACUCAACACCCCUAUCAUCUACGGAAACGGCACCAUGCUAUCUGAUAUUGGUGAGGUGACUGAAGUGGAAAGCAAUGUUGGUGGUCCCAUCGGACGCAUGGCGUCGCAGCGCUCUAUUGGAUCGAGGCUGAGUGAUGGCACGCUGGGCACCUCGCCGCCGCUGGGGACGACACCGACAUUUAUAAGGAGACAAGAAAAAACUGUGCGACCUGUGUCUACCGAGCCGUUGGGCGUAGAUAAACACCACGCAUUCCCCGAUUUCGACGAUACCGUCAGCAUCGAUGACACCAACUUUCAGGGAGACGACGAGGAGAGUGUUGCUGGCUCGUUUAUGGAUGAUCCAUCAGCGAGCAACCUUUCUCUUAACAUAAUACCACAAUCUGCUGAUCAAAUCACGGAGAACCGCUACUCUACUACAUUCAUCAGCAGACGAGCGGAGAAGAUUCUUGCUAAUGCUAAGCGACGAUUAACUACAAUGGAAGACAACCUUACGAGAGCGAGAACCUUGAGCUAUUCGUCUGUUUCCGAAGAAGCCUUACAAUCACCGCAAAACGGCCGACCAAGUGCCGUGCGACCUCCAACCUCUGGACUCAAGUCACCUAGCCAUUCCCGAAACGUUAGCCAAGAUAGCAUCAACGGUACACCUCGCGCGAUUAGUAUGCCUCAGAGAUCGGCCAGUGCCCUGGGAGCGGCGGGAGGAUACAGACAACUGCCUACUUCAAGGAGCGAUAAUCUUAUUGUGGUUAAUGCUACCGAUCACCUACAAAAUGGCUUGUCGCAACAUGCCCUGGACACGCCACUCGAGCCACUCAGCGAGGACGAUGCCACAUCUACAACAAGCAGUGUUCGCCAUAGCUACGGAAGUCUUGCGCCCGUGGACCCUUCGACUAUUGUUCGAUCAGCAUCGGUAGCGCAAGUACGCGAUCUUCAGGAUCAAAUGAAGGGCCUGAAAGGAAAAAUCCAUUCAUUGAGAGAACAGGCAGCGGCAGACAGCAUGAAGCGACGAAGUUUACAAAGUCUACGUACCCCCAGCCCGUUUACGCAUGCGCGAUGGGAUCCCGAGUUUACAGAGCCGAAGCCGUCUCCGGCACCAACUCCCGAACCUAUUGGACCGACCUUGGGCAGCCCAUUUCGACCUGAAUUCGAGCCCAUGGACAGGCCUCAGUCACAACAGUCCACAUCAGAUAUUGACGCGAGCCCUCCAUCUAAUGGAAAAGAGCCCAGCGUGUACCGCCACAGCCCGGUCCAAAAUCUACACCAAGCAUAUAUCGAAGAUGGCCAGCCUGGAAACGAAGGGGCCCGACAAGCACGCCGAAGAUCGAUAGACGAUGCAUCGGUUAGCGAAAGUGGCGAGUCUAUUUAUGAAGAGGCGCUGUCUACACCAGUCUCUCACGAAGACCGAGAAGAUGCCUUUGAUUACCAAAACUUCUUCCUUCACUCAGCUAUGGGCACCAUGAGCCGUCAGGGAUAUAAUGAAGAAGACGGUUCAGUGGCCUCUGAUGAUUCCACAGAAACAACGCGAGCGCCUCCUAUCCGUCUUGAACGUCGCGCUAGUGCUGAUACGUUGACAUCUACCGACAGUUUCGCGACGGCCACAGAAGGUCGUGAGAGCCGCUCUUCAGAAUUGGAGGAUGAGGAAGAUCAGGAGAACACUGUCAUUCUAAACCCAGAUACACUACCGGAGAUUGACCAGGCUCUUGCUAGGAACAGCGCAGUCUACGACAUGGCAGCUGCUAACAGCAGCGCCGAAGACUCGUCCUCAUCGCGUGAUUCUCACCGAAGAACGCUCUCCUAUAAGCGAAUCGCUAUGGUGACGCCCGUAUCUCGCCACGGCCUGCAUCGUCCUUCCACAUCCUCGUUCGAAUCAACAGGAACCAACAGAAGCUUUCCCUUGGUAAACAAGUCACGUCUAAGUGGUAGCGCUGGCAGCGGCUCACCGCUCCGAGACUCACCUGACGGCCCUUACAAAGUUUCCAAGGAGUCCUCGUUACGCAAUAGUGCUCAUGAAGACGAACUGCUCAAUGGAGGCGCUUCACCAACAGUGGUGCCACUAUCUACCGAAGAUCAAUAUUCAGUAGACCGUCUCGUGUCGUGUUUUAACAAAUGCGUGGAGGGGUUGACUGACUUUAAACAGACAACGGCCAUGCGUGAUACAUACCGACGACGCUUGGAAGCAGCCCGUCGCAUAUUGGAAGGGGAAGAUGCCCUGUACUAACAAAAGAUUACCACUGCAUUUCGAGGCAAACCAAUGAUGGAAAAACAAGGUGUAUAUCAUGUACUUGACGAAUGGAGUUGGGCACCUGUUCUUUUUUCUUUUUGGCGCCUGCUAUACCCACUUUCCUUACUCUUAUUUUUUGAUUUCCUAUCAGUUUCUAUUACCGCUGGUUUGACGAUGAAAAGGAUAGAGGGCGACGAGAACGACGCAAUCCAUCGUGACAACAGCGACAAACACAUUUUAUUGAUGGGCUUUUCAUAUAGUUUUUAUUUUUAUUUUGCAGCGCGUAAUGCCCAACUGUGGGAGCACUGCUAUUGUAUAAUGAACAAAAUAAUGUAUAUCUCUUUCUGUCGUUUGCC